UAUAGCUUCAUGUAUCAUUCUAUUGUGGAGUAAAUAAAAGACGAUUGCAAGUCCAUUUUGAUUUCGUGGAGGCAUCGUUCUAAAAUAUUUAUCCUAUAACAGUGUGAUGAGGUUUCUUCGGCAAAUAGGGUAGGCCUAUUUAUUCCAAAUGAAUAAAUGUAAAAGUAAACUGUUGAAGAAUCAGCUUUUGAUGGUAAACAUGAAGGUGGAACGUAUUCUGACAAGAGCGAGUGCGCUACUUUUUAUCUUGGUGACUGUUGUAUUGCUGAGAAUAGUAUACAAUCGGAUCUCGUCUAAUAGAGGACUACAGAAUGAUGUAAAAAUUAGGCAGACUGAGCUUUCAUCAAUUGAAGGCUUUCAGAAAGAUGUACUUAUCCCAAUAGUUAAGGAUGACAUUUGCCGUGAUUGCAAAUAUUGCUACACCUCUGGAUUCAGGCAGAAUAAAAUGAAGGUACUCCCAAUAAAACAGUUGCGCCAAAGUGGAUGUGAACAACGGUUACCGGAUGCGAUAAUAAUAGGCGUGAAAAAAUGCGGAACAGGAACCCUGAGACACUUUAUUAGUUUUCAUCCACAAAUAGCACCCGUGCGUGAGGCGAUUGACUACUUUACAACACGUUAUUCCAAUGGAAUAGACUGGUAUAAAUCGCAAAUGCCAUAUGCGUUAAGAAAUCAGACAGUGCUAGACAAAUCCCCUGGUUAUUUUGCGCCACAAACCUGCGAUAAAAUCAGAAAGGAUUUACCUUCGGAUGUGCGUAUAAUUGCUAUAUUACGUGAUCCAGUCGCACGUGCUGUAUCCGACUUUACACACAUACACGCAAUCCUUGAUGAAGCUAAAAAGAGCGGGUCUAAUGAUUAUGAAAAAGACGUCGCAAGACUAGGGAAAAGUUAUGACCUCGUCAGCUCUCUUAAAGAUUCCCUAAUAGAUGCCAAUGGAAAUGUAAGAGUCAAUAGUAGUUUACUAAAACAAGGAAUUUAUGUAAACAACUUAGGGUACUGGUUUAAACAAUACCCAAGAGAUCAAAUACUUCUUAUUGAUGGAAAUGACUUAACUAAAAAUCCAUACAAAGUUAUGCAAACCAUGGAGACAUUUCUUGGACUGCAAACAUAUUUUACCGAAAAACAUUUUUAUUUCAACCCAGUAAAACGUUUCUAUUGUUUAGCUCGUCCAGUUAAUGAGUGUAUGAGAGGAUUUAAGGGUCGAACACAUCCUGUGUUGUCACAAGAUAUUACGAAGAAAUUACAGGAAUUCUUCAAUCCUUUUGAUAGGAAGCUUGAGGAGAUUACGGGCCAGACGUUUUCAUGGGUGAGAAGAAAUUAAUUAGGAUAUAGUUUUUAAUAUUCAAUCCGAAAAUUCAUCAUAUUAGCGAAUAGCUUGCUUUACCAGCUUAAAUAGUGAAACAAUAUACAAAUAUAGUUGCAUCGAGUAAACUAGUAGACUGUUAGCUCUACUAGGCCUAACUGUUAAAUAAUAUUUAAUGAAUGUAUCUAAACGUGUUUUUUUAAUUUUUUUAAAUUUUAUUUUUUUGUAAAAACAUAAAUAAGUUUAGAAAGGAAUUUCUGACUAAAUAACAUUGAAAAUAUUGCUUCAAAUGUCAUGGAAAACUUUUAACCAUCGCUUGGCAAAAAUCGGUAUUUUUUUUAUAUAUAUAUUUGUGUCGCACGAGUGCAGAAUCUUGGCGAUUAAUCAUGAGGGCGUUAUAUUAUUGCAUUGUGGGUAGCGUGCGUAAUUUAAUAGCACACAUCUUCCAUAUGCGGUCUUUUACUACAGUAUACUGCUUUCAUACCGUAUUGACGUCAACUAUUUUUAAAAUUCCCUCUCCCUGAUUCCCCCACUGACUGACUGACUAGGAUGUAUUGUAUAUUAGGACAGCUUUACUAGGCCUAUUACAUUUAAUAAAUCUACGAGUUAUUGUCGGCUGCCCAUUUCAUAUAUCUGGCUAUAGUUAAUUGUAUUUAUUGUUUUCAUCAUUUGUUAAUAAAAUGAAAAUUUCCAUCCAAA